AUGCAUAUUGAAACCUUUGGUAAAGUUGCCUACAUGGAACCACAAAUACUUGCAAAUCCAAAAUUUAAAUACAUUAAACCUUCCGAUAUUUAUAGUUAUGGUGUAUUAAUGUGGGAAAUUUCUAGUGCUGUAUCAAAUACUCCUGAAGAUUAUGAAAAACUUUACAAAAAAUGCUGGCGCCAGGAACCCAAGCAAAGACCAACUAUUAUAGAGAUAUUGGAAGCAUUUUCAAAUAUGGGCUUUAGAAAAAGUAUUAAAGAUGAAUCAUCCGAAGAAAAUGACGCAACGUCAAAUAAUUCUGAUUCUGAAUCACAUGUCGACAAUUUUUCAUCAGAAAACAUUCAAAUUGAUACUAUUGUAGAAUUAUCUGCCAACUGGAACUUAUGGGAUAAAUACCAACCGGAUGUUAUCACUUAUGGGCCAGGUAUCCCUUCCAUUUCUUCUAUCGAUUAUCCUACGUCAAUCGUUCAUAAAGAUUAA